AUGAAGCUAAUUUGUAUAAAUUAUUUAAUCCAUGCACUAUUAAUCUUGUAUGAUGCUGGCGAUUAUGAUGUUAUUAUUAAAGCUGGCGAAACAAAAAUACAAAACAUUUCGUGUAUUUUACGUGCUCGUUCUCCUUCUUUCAAAGAUGAAGUGAAAUUGACAGAACAACCAUGUGAAGACAUUCUUAAACUUUUAAUCGUAUCUAAUGAGCUACUUCUUGAAGAAUUAGUUUGA